CGAAGCAACGCCGCGCUGCGCCACUGGCGACUGUUGGAGCGCGCGGUCGACGGAGCGGAGUUCGCUAGUGCAUCGAGAAGACGUACACAGCCAAAGAACAAUCGAGUGAAGGAAUGUCGUGUUGCAGCAGCAGCAGGAGGCCGCGCCGGCGAGGCGGGCGGGGCGAUGGUGGUGACGGGGCCGGUGGGGCCCAACCCGUGGGCGAUGCCCGUGGCGCUGGCGCUGCACGAGAAGGGCGAGAAGGAGGACGCGGGCGUGGGCGCGGACGACGCCGGGUGGGCGCGGCGCUGGCCGCUGCACGCCGCCGCGCAGGACGGCCACGCCAACGGCGCCAGCCUCUCGCCGCUCGAGGUGGCCGCCAAGGAGGGCCACUACGACGUCACGCUGGCCAUGCUCGACCGCGGCGCCUCCGCCAACUACAGGCUGGUGGAGGCCGCGCUGCUGGUGGCCAGCACGGGGCCCGUGGUGCGCGCGCUGUGGCGCUCGCUGCCCUUCGGCGCGUCGCGCGUCACCUCGACGGAGGCCCUGAGGCGCAUGGCGCGCGACGGCCACGAGGACGCGCUGCGCACGCUCAUCGCCAUGGGCGCGCCCUCCAGCGCGCACGAGGGCGGCCUCCUCGCCACGCUGCUCGCGCUCCAGGACGACCUGCGCCAGGCGCACUGCGUGCGGGCGCUGCUGGAGUGCCGCGCCAGCGCCAACGCGCGCGACGGCGACGGCCAGACGGCGCUGCACAAGGCCGUGGGCCUGUCGCACGCCGACUGCGUCUCCGCGCUCAUCAAGCACGGCGCGCGCCUC